GAAAAGGGCCAGCCGUCCGGUUCUGCUCGUUUUUAUUCCUUCUUUUUCUGCUUAGCACGUUCCCUUAAUUUUAUUAGCUUUACUGUUAAUUGUGAAUUAAAACGAACGUUUUCUUUAUCUGUGCGAGUAAAGUAACUAUAAAACAAAAACAAGAAAUUCAGAUAGACAAACAAUUCCAAGUAUUUGUGGCCGACCCAUCUGACAUCAUCUGGAUGCGUCACAACAACUGACCCGAUUUGUCUUUCUUUCUUUCUUGACAGGCAUUUUUUUAGAGACGAAAAAAAAAAAAGUAGUUUGUGUUCAAUCGCUUGAUUUCCUCCCUUUUUUCUCUUGUCGUGGUUUGUGUAACGUGACCAAGUAAGGUUUUGUUAGAAGAGUCCUAUUGACUCUGUGCACCACUCUCCCAACACCUACACAACAGUCUGCCUACGUUUUUCUCUUCGUUACCAAAAUUGAGAGAAGAAAGAGGCUAAAACACCUUUUUUAGUCUACGUAGCCAAGAGGAGUAGUUGUUAUUCAGAGCCACCUAGCGGCGGUUGGAAGAACAAUACCUCCCUUUUUUUUUUUUUUUUACACACUACACGACUGCCUCCUCCUCCCCAUUUCUGUUUCGUUUGUUGCCUUGGAAUAGCGUCUGGCUAUAGCCCGAGCGAAAUCGACUGCUCUAGCCCUCGAGUUACACGCACACAGGACACACAUAACACACUAGUGCAGCAUAUAUAUACACACAGACAGACACACACGGGAGAAGUGAGUCGGUCUUGUCUUCUCCUUCUUGUGCUGCUGUGCUGUUGUUGACGCCAUGGCUAGUGAAUCGAAAGGAUUGGUGUUUGCCACGGCAGUUAAGAAACAUGCUGGACGAGCCAAAGAAAAGAUCCUCCAAAAGGUGGGCAAGGUGGACAGAACAGCCGACGAAAUAUUUGACGAUCACGUCCAGAAUUUCAACAAGCAACAAAAUGCAGCCAACAAACUGCAAAAGGAGCUCAAUAAUUACAUCCGCUGCGUCAAAGCUAUGCAGGUGGCCAGUAAAACGUUGUACGAGUGCAUGUCGGAAGUCUACGAACCGGACUGGACGGGCCAUGAUUUAUUGACGGUCCAAUCACAAAAUAUCGAAAUGUUGUGGCAAGAUCUUGGCCAUAAGAUGACCGAUCAGGUCCUCAUCCCUCUCAAUACCUACCAGGGACAAUUCCCUGAAAUGAGAAAAAAAAUCGAAAAGAGAGGAAGGAAGCUGGUAGACUAUGACGGACAGCGACACAGUUUCCAGGCUCUGCAGAGCUCCAAGAAGCGAGAAGAAGCGAAAAUCAGCCGGGCCAAGGAGCAAUUGGAGGAGGCCAAACGGACGUUUGCCGUUUUCAACGCCGAACUCAACGAAGAAUUGCCUUCGCUUUACGAUUCUCGUCUGCCCUUUUUCAUCACGAAUUUGCAGACCUUGUUCUCGGCCGAACAAGUUUUCCAUUCGGAGUUGUCUAAAGUUCACGGCGAGUUGGAAUCCAUCAUCGAUAAAUUGGCCAAAGAGUCGAGCGGACGGACGUCAUCGAGCCAUUACAGGCGCAGUUCGCCGCCCACUCAAAUGCUCUCGUCACCCGGCAGCAAUUCACUCAACAGCCCCGAAAACGUGGGUCGCGGAUCGAGACUUGGUCGGUCAGAACAAGACGAGGACAGCACGAUCAAUAGUCCGUUUCACGACCACCAUCACAAUGACAACGACGACAGCAUGAACUACAAGCAAACAGGAGGAGGACUGAAGGAUUACGAACCGGUCGAAGUCGGUGCCCAAGUCGCCGAAAUAGCCACUUCGCCCACCAACAACGGGGCAGCAGCCACGACGAACGGAGUGAACAAGAGUCCGCCCAGCAGCGGAGGGCCAGGUGCACCAAGUCGCACCACCAAUCAAAGGCCAGGAGUUGAAGAGCUUUAUGAUAUUCCCAUAGGUGCUACGACGGAUAACCUUCCGCCAGGUGUUUUGUACAGAGUUCGAGCCACUUACAAGUAUCAAGCGGAAGAUGAGGAUGAAUUGUCACUGGAGGUGGGCGACACCGUUCAGGUGAUUGAAUACGAAGAUCCUGAAGAACAGCAGGAGGAAGGUUGGCUGAUGGGCAUUAAAGAGGCAACAGGGCGCCAAGGUCUAUUUCCGGCCAAUUUCACUAGACCCAUCUGAAGUGAAAGAACAGCCACGCACACAGACAUGGAAGAAGACAAAGAUCAAACAACAUACGAAACUCAUUUGAGAAACAAGUGAAACAGAAAUCAAUCAACGAAUCUGAACAGAAAGAAAAAGAUCUGGGGCUUCAAGAAGCAGCUCAAACGAUUUAAAAAGACUAAAAAAACGCAAGACAACAUUGAAACCAGCUAUCAACACACACUCUUAUUCAACUCCUCCUCUUUUCUUUAUUGGAACAAAAGGGAAAAGAAUCGAACAAUUUUUUUUUUCCGUUUCUGGUAUGGAAAGUGUUAAUUAGAUCUGAUGCACUCUCAUUUCAUCAUCGCCCUCCUUUACUCCCUUAUUUUUUUUAAGGAGGAGUGAGAUGUUUUUACCUCCGCCCUCCUCCCCCCUUUUUCCCAGUGGUCGUAGGUGUUAUAUGAUAUUCCCCACUUUUCCGCCUUUAUCAAGUCUUUCUUAUUAUUAAUUAUUAUUUUUUUUUUUUUCAAAAAAAAAAAAAAAAAGUGUGCCAUGAAUCUCUUCCUGCUCCGCCCCUUUUUUUGUUAUUUUUGCGUGUGCUAAAGGUGUGUGACACUCGGUAAGGACAAGGAUCAUCUUCUUCUCCAUCCAAUUAGCAAAGAAACAAAUGGUGAAACUUUUUUUCUUUUAAUUAUUUUGUCUAUCGGAAGACUCGCAUGAUUUUCUUUUUCCCUCUUUUGUUUCUCUUCCCGACUUACAAACAAAACAAAAAACAAUUAAUAUGAUUUAUAUUUUCUAGUUUAAUCCUGUUGAGAUAAUAUAGCCAUAAAGACAUUGAGUUUAUUAUUAUUAUUGUCGCAAUAAUUCAUUGACGGCCAUUUUUCGACUCGCACUUUCCCCUAUUUUUCCUAUCGCGCCUUUCUUAUUUUUCCCCCCGAGUAUUUCCGAUGACAAAGACAAACAAAUCCCAACGUCCAUUUUUUGUUGAAAUUGAAUCGAGUAAAUAACCCAAACAACAAAAACAGGUGCCUUGUGUGUGUGAUGGAGAAAUGCAAAAAAUGUGACAGCUGUUUUUUUCCUUUUUUUCUAAUUUUAAUCUUAAGUAUCUAGCUGCAGAAGCAAAAAGACAAGAUAUUAGGUGAUUUGACAUGUUAUGUUUUCUUCUUAAAUUAUGAUCCGCACUGCUGCUGCACACAACCAAUUGCGAUGGGCUUCCCAUAAAAUUCCCUCCCUUUUAAACCAAUAAAAGAUCCUUAUCUUUCUGUUUCUGCCCUCUAUCCCAAUCUUUUUUUAAUUAUUUGAAUCCAAUAAAAAGAUAGUCGAUUAAUCUAAA